AUGGAGAAUCAGCGUAAAUAUAAGAUUUGCCUUUUUGGAGAUUCCGGUGUAGGUAAGACAGCCAUAGUUAAGAAAUGGCUUCAUCUCUCUUAUACAUCUGAGCAGGCACAACCUACUUUGGGGGCAGGAUGUUCAGAAACUGACAUUUUUAUUGAUGGCCAGCAAAGGCAUAUCCAAGUUUGGGAUACUGCUGGUGAAGAAAAGUAUAGAUCUAUGGUUCCAAUUUAUAUCAGAGGCGCGGUUGGCAUUUUAUUAGUUUUUAGUUUAACUGAUAGAUCUUCUUUUGAAUCUGUUCCUGAAUGGAUUAAAGCUGCUGACACAGAUUCAAGACCUACGAUUCUUUUAGUCGGAAAUAAAAGUGAUCUUACCGCUCAAAGAGCUGUUGAUUAUAACGAAAUUAUAGAAUUUGCGGCCCAAAGAAAUAUUGAUUACAUUGAAACUAGUGCUCAUACAGGAGCAAAUAUUGAUGAUGCUUUUAUUGCCCUUCUAUCACAGGUAAUUCCAAAAGUUACUGAGCCGGCUCAGCAAACUACUACUGUUCUUACUGAAACCAAGGGCGGAGGUUUUUGUGAUAUGGAAAAUGUUCGUUGCUCAAUUAUCUCACUAUUGGAUGGACUUUUAUCGAGCGAAAUUUUGGCUGUAAAGACAAUUCUGAUAUUGGUAACAUGGUGA